GGCCGUAGCCGCCGCCCCGGCGCAGGUUCAGGGAGCAAGCUUCCGAGGUUGGAAAGAAGUGACUUCUCUGUUCAACAAGGACGAUGAACAACAACUACUGGAAAGAUGUAAAUCCCCCAAGUCCAAAGGAACUAACAUACGAUUAAAAGAAGAGUCGAAGACAGAGAAGAAAGCUGGAUUUUGGGACAAUUUGGUUUUAAAACAGAAUACACAGUCUAAAAAACCAGAUGAGAUCGAAGGUUGGGAGCCUCCGAAACUCGUUCUCGAAGACGUGUCGGCUGAUUCAGGGGACGCCUCGAGUGGCCACCUGUCCUGGCCAGGCUGGGAGGAUGACACCAAGGGCUCGACCAAGUACACCAGCCUGGCCAGCUCGGCCAACAGCUCCAGGUGGAGCCUCAGGUCGGCAGGGAAGCUGGUCAGUAUCCGACGGCAAAGCAAAGGCCACCUGACGGACAGCCGGGAGGAGGUGGAGUGACGAGGAGCCACAUCGCCACGCGUGUUCAGACCACGCUGCCGUUUCAUCGAGCUUCUUAGAGUUUGCAAAGUCAUGGUGAUUUUUAAUUAGUAUACCAUGAAGUUGUUUUGUCUUUCCAUAUUAAAAGAGUAGACAGUCUACUUUGUGCCUCUAUUUCCUGUUGGGACUUGUUUUCACGGUCGAAUGAUGAACUCCCACAUACUGUGAUUCCUUGGUGAACACAUGCAGGGACUUACAUUUGGUUGCCUUAUUCAGAAACGUCCACCCACUGUCAUCUGUGUGUUGCUGAAACCGAAGAUGUGAAUUUUCAAUGCACUCUUAUAGAUGCCAGUAAUGAUUUGCAGUUUGGCACAAAACCACUUUCAUGCCACCACCCUCGGUUGUAGUUGUUUCCAAACGUCCAUUCCUUUUUCUUGCAUGAAACAUACACAUACACGUUCACACACGUGACACACGAGAAUGUAGCGGUCACAAAAAGUCCAGGCAGUAAGAUGAGCCUUCCAAAGGUUAUGUUAAAUUUAACUUAACUGGGCAACUCAGACUUUUUCUCAUUAAAUUGAAACAGAUUAAGCACUGGAAAAGCAAAGGUUACAUCUGAACAUAAAAUGUCAGUAUCUCGAAGUGCGAGUGUGUCCGUGGCUGAGGGAGGAGCAGCCUCUGGUGUGUGCACUGGAUAGCAACCGCGGUUCUUCUUUGGGGUUUUAUCUUUACUUCUCCCUUUUAAACUUUUAAAUACUGAUCUUUAUUUUCUUCGAGAAAUUUCCUUUGUUUACAGAUUAAAGAAUCGCUAUCAAGUGUAGAUUAUUUUUAGUAGCUUGAUCAUUGUAAUUUUGUUUGGAAAACAGUGAUUGCUCAUUACAGAGUUAAAACUGUACAUACAUUACUGAAGUGCCUCUUUUCUAUUGUUCCAAGUGUUUGGUGUUUCAGAAUGAGAUACUGUGAUUGCUGUCAGAUCUGUAAGAAGUCGUGUUUCCCUCCUAGAAUAACAGGACUAACGUGAGAGCGUCCCUCACUCUUCACCCCCCCACCCCCCCCGUGUCUCUGGACCAAGCGUCGUCCCCAGCGGUGUGGUCCUCUGUGUCAGGCACACCAGUCGUGUGAUCAUGUGUGUCUCUGCAGGAGGGCUGCUACCAGCAGGUGGUCCAAAUAUCUAUCCUAGGCCAAAGCAGCAUGAAAGAAAAGGUAGAUAUGUUUCUUGUUUUGAUUAAAAGAAUAAAAACCUCCAGUUAUACUGUGUUUUCCCCUCAAGGAGGGGGAAAAAAAAAGACCCAUCCUCGGUCAUUCAGUGUGCACUUUGGUGCCAUUUCAUGUUCGUGGACAUCCAUUUAACGGUCCCCUGGAGUAACCGAGCACGCCUGAGGGCAGAUCACGCAUGUGCCAGUGAACCAGGGUGUCAGUCAAGACUUUUAAUAGAACAAGUUUACUUGAUCUGUCACUUUUCUCCAUCCAUCCAUCUAGGAGUUUAUUUAUCUAGCCUAGCUUUAAAGGGUUUUCAAAUGAAAACUUCAGUUUGUUCUAGAACCUUGAAAUUCUGAAAUUAACAGAGGCUUGGUUUCAUAAUGCAGAAGAAAGUUGAUCAUUUUUAGUAGAAUAGCAAAGUUGAACAAUCGCUUUACUCAGGUAAAUAGCCGGAAGUGUAGACAGGACCCCUGUCUCCCUAUGGAAGUGCUCGCCAGGACGGUGCAGAUGUGCACCGCGAGGGGUUUAUGCACACGUUUCCCUGCAGGAGCUAGUCAGGCUCAGCUUCGCCUGUGGAAUGUAAACCUCGCAUUUGAGACUCUGGAAAUGAUAUUUCUGUAUGGGAGAAGUAGGGAACACCCCCUCACACAUUGGGGGCUACAGGAGUCUGGGACCAGCUGCGUCUGCUAUGCCUUUGUGUUGGAAUUGCCAAGUGCCUGCAGCCCACCCACUCACGGAAUCGCAAUGGCAGCACAGUCCUGUACACUGCUCCCCCAAAUUGGGUGACAAAGGCAGAUUGGAGUUAGAAUAUGCACUGUAAGUUGCCUUUUUUUUUUUAACCUAUAAAGAUUAAUGUAAAAACGAAUUUUUCUUCUGUUGU